UCUGGCGCCUCCCUGCGCGUCGUCUUCCCGCUCUAGCCAGCUGCAAGUCUCGCGCGAGUCAUACUCGCGCUUCCCAGCACGGCGCCGACUUCCCAUAACCCCCCGCGCGCCCGCCCCUCUUCCUUUUUCCGCCAUCUUGCUGCACUGGCACCAUGGUGCGCAUGAAUGUUCUGGCAGAUGCUCUGAAAAGCAUCAACAAUGCAGAGAAACGUGGGAAGCGCCAAGUUCUCAUUAGACCGUGCUCCAAAGUAAUUGUCCGGUUCUUAACUGUGAUGAUGAAGCAUGGCUAUAUAGGCGAGUUUGAGAUCAUUGAUGACCAUCGAGCUGGGAAGAUCGUUGUCAACCUCACAGGCAGACUCAACAAGUGUGGUGUGAUCAGUCCCAGAUUUGAUGUCCAGCUAAAGGAUUUGGAAAAGUGGCAGAAUAACCUGCUGCCCUCACGUCAGUUCGGGUACAUAGUGCUGACAACUUCCGCUGGCAUCAUGGACCAUGAAGAAGCUCGGCGAAAACACACAGGAGGCAAAAUCCUGGGGUUCUUUUUCUAAACUUGUAAAAAACAGACAUCAUAAUAAAUUCUUCAAAUGGA